AUGGGUCUAUUAUCCGAAGGAAAUCCUUUAUCAUGGACUGAAAUAAAACUUGUUCUUCAACAAAUACGAACUUAUGGUCUUGAUCAACUUGUAAAUGUCUUUAAUAAAUAUAAAGAUCGACAGAAAGAUGCAUUUCUUUGGGGCGAUGAGACUGAAUUAACAUUAGUUAGAUUUGAUCAUAAAAAUAAAAAUGUUCGAUUAUUAUUAAAAAGUCAUCAAUUAUUACCAAUUUUAAGUGAAUUAAACAAAAAAAUUGAUGAUGAAGCAUAUCGUAUAACUUGGCAUCCUGAAGCAUGCGAUUUCGCUAUUGAAGGUGUUCCAUUUCAACCUUAUGGCUUUUCAUCAUCUUAUUUUAAUACAGUGGAAGCAAAUAUGAGACUAAGAAGAAAACAAGUACAACGAAUUUUAUUUGAACAAACCGAUUGUGAAUAUAUUUUAAAUAUUUCUGCUUUUCCACGAUAUGGACAAGGACAAUACACAUAUCCACCAAUUGAAUAUGGCCUUUCUUAUUCUGUUGAAAAAUCUUUAUGUUAUUCCGAUUCACUUAUGUCACCUUAUCAUCCAAGAAUGAAAUCUUUAUUAAUAAAUAUAAACGAACGACGUCAAUCUAAAGUAUCAAUUAAUAUUCCAAUAUUCAAAGAUUCAUGUACACCGUCUCCAUUUCGUGAUGAAUUAUUUAAAGAUGAUCCUGAUAUAAAAGAUGAUCAUAUUCAUUUGGAUAGUUCAAUAGCUGAUUGGGGUUGUUGUUGCCUUCAAGUUACAUUUCAAGGUGAAUCAUGUAAAGAAACUAUUCAUCUAUAUGAUCAAUUAUUACCAUUAUGCCCAAUAAUGUUAUGUUUAAGUGCUGCAUGUCCAAUAUGGCGUGGUUAUUUAUCUGAUAUAGAUUGUCGAUGGAAUGUAUUAAGUGAAGCUACUGAUGAUCGAACAGCUGAAGAAAAAAAACAAAAAAAUUUUCUAUCGCGUUAUGGUUCAGCUCCAUUGUAUUUAGCUGAUAAAAAUAAAUAUUUAAAUAAUAUUGAUUAUCCAGUUGAUCAAUAUGUUAUUACAAAACUUAUUGAUCAAGGAAUGCCCGAAACAUUAUCUCGUCAUUUUCGUCAUUUAUUUAUUCGUGAUCCACUUGUUAUUAUGAAAGAACUUCUUCAUCUAAAUGAUGAUACGACUUCGUAUCAUUUUGAAAAUCUAAACAGUCAGGUAUGGAAUAGUUUACGAUUAAAACCACCACCAUUAAAUGAUAAAUCAAUAGGAUGGCGAGUAGAAUUUCGACCAAUGGAUGUACAUAAAUGA